AUGAAGACCUCUAUCUCUCUACUCAUCGCUGUCGCUGUCAGCGUCAUGGGCCGGCCCACGUCAGAGACGCUAAGCGCCCGAUGCCCUCCCGAGGGUGCUCCCUGUGGCUAUUAUAUCGACUGUUGUCCGGGACUUACGUGCAAAAACUACUAUUUCGAGGGGAUCGGCAAGUGUGCACCCGUUGACGACUGUGACGACCCCUGA